AUGACUAGCAUCUCUGAUCGGAAGGCAGACGGGAUCGACAGUCCCCUACAGGUUAGGAUACUACGGAAGUGGAAACAUAACGUCCCGUGCUAUGAAACUUGGGGGGAUGCCAUACAGAUUCUUGGCCAACGAACCAAUCAGAGUUAUAUUGAAUCUGUACUUAACGUCUUGGAAUGUUACACAAUAUCAGAUUACAGUUGCCCGAAGCUAGACAAAUAUCAAAAAUUCCUUGAAAACGACUUCUACAUUGACGUUGGACUAAUGUCUGCAAUUCAACAUAUUCCAGACACACUAACCAUACACAAAACUUGGUUCCGUUUCGUCACCAAGCCAAAUCUGAUUGACCUCCUAGAAACACCGCCUAACUACCCAGUCCUCUUAUACGGAACUAAUACAAGACACAAAUUUGAAUGUAUCAGUGGCAGCGAAAUCGCAAUCAAUCUAUGGAAAGACUGUAUAGGAAAUCCACAAAAGUUCAACCAUUACUCCUUGCAUCCGCCACCCGCAACAACAGUGGUUGCAGUCACCAACUUAAAACCGUCCAUCUCUAACGGAGCACUGCAUCACAGCUCAUCACAUGCUACACAUAUCUAUGUCAAGCCCGAAAUACCAGAAACAACAUCUCUUAUAAACCUUUUUACAGGACCCUCAAGACCGCUUCCACCACUGGCAGGAACACCUACUACCCUAUACGAAAUGAAAACAAAAAGCAAAUCAGAACUCCUGGACAAAACUUUCCUUGUGUGUGCAUCCAUCAAAGACUUUGUCUUCCAAAACAGCUGGUACCAAACCACUUGCCCAAAUUGCAAGGAUCCCAUCUUUAAAAGAGGCGACAAAUGGUUCUGCAGUGCCCAUGGACAUAUCGAGAAACCAAACUACACAUACAAAUUAUCAGUAAUCGUUAGCGAUGCGACCGACACUAUCUCCGCAACCAUGUCAGAGACAUCAUGUCGGAAACUUCUAAAGCCAAACCUUGACAACUUCAUAUCCAACAACCCGCUCAUAGACGAAGAUACCCUACCUCCAACCAUUACAGAUCACAAAGACGAAACUAAAAAAAUGUCCAUCCAAAUGCUCAGGGGAUCAUCUCCAGAUAACAUAUGUUUUAUAAUAAUAGACCACAAAACCUUAACAACCAUGACCGACACGUGCAUCCCGACAACACCAGCGCCAACCCCAAAUAACAAGAAAGCGACAAAACGACACAUCACCAGAGCCAUCUGCAGCUACUCAAAAUGUCACACGCUCCUUAUCAUAUCACCCUUCAGGUCCCACACCGAAAAAUAUUCCAAAGCAGACCAACAAAUAACAGCCACGAUGCAUAAUCAACAUAAACACCCUCUUCCGGCUCUACUAAUAUGUCUAUCUUUUGUGUUACAACAAUAA